CCUUCCGCGCCGACUCGCCCAGUGGCAGCCCGAUAGCACCGCGAAAGCAGCCCUGCCACCGAUAACUAUCGCCUCACCAGCUGUGUUGUUUUUGCUUUCUUUUUUCGUAUCCGGUUCACGCAAUUGUUGCUGAUCGACGAGCAGACCUUGCAGAAUGGCACCCAGGAAGGCUAAAGUUCAGAAGGAGGAGGUCCAGGUCCAGCUGGGACCCCAGGUUCGCGACGGAGAGAUCGUCUUCGGAGUGGCCCACAUCUACGCCAGCUUCAACGACACCUUCGUCCACGUUACGGAUCUGUCCGGCCGUGAGACCAUCGCCCGUGUCACCGGAGGCAUGAAGGUGAAGGCCGAUCGUGAUGAGGCUUCGCCCUACGCCGCUAUGUUGGCCGCCCAGGACGUGGCUGAGAAGUGCAAGCUGCUGGGAAUCACCGCUCUGAACAUCAAGCUGCGCGCCACCGGCGGCAACAAGACCAAGACCCCCGGACCCGGUGCCCAGUCCGCUCUGCGUGCUCUGGCCCGUUCGUCUAUGAAGAUCGGCCGCAUCGAGGAUGUGACCCCCAUCCCAUCGGACUCCACCCGCAGGAAGGGCGGUCGCCGUGGUCGUCGUCUGUAAAAAUGUUCGCCACCCGGUUCUGACGCUGCGUUAUUUUUUUAUACUAUGAAAUACAGCAUAAAUGUAGAAAUAAAAAAUGAAAA